AUGGCUGUUACCAGGUGUCUCCAGAAGUGGAGAUCUUCAGAGUGGAGGGCGAGGCCAUAAUCCUACAAUUUCCUUUUUUCAUGAGAGUUCUUGAAGUUCGUAAAAUCGCCCCGCCAUCUGCAUCGUACCUGAUCAGGAGAAGCAACGGGACACAGAGCYUGGCCUAUCAGAGCCAGGGCCGAGUGCAGCAGCAGGACAAAGAGCUGUGGUUCCUGCCYGCCCAGGCUGCAGACUCAGGACAGUACUCCUGCACCUACAGAAACGACACGUACUGUGUAACUGGGAGCAUCAUGUUAUACGUGUACGAGUCUGACUCUGCCGACAUGAACAAGCUGUCCUACCCAUGGAUGGCCUCAGAGGGGGAGCAGGUGGAAUUUUACUGUCCGUCUUUAGACUGCUUCAACAAGACAGGCAGCCUGAUAGAGUGGUACAAGGACUCCAGCCCCACCCCUCUGAAGCCAGACAGAGGGACCCUGAUGAUCCCUGAGGUGAGGAGGUCCCACGCAGGGCUCUACACCUGCAGUCUCACGGUGCUCAUCAACCAGCAGCCCUACAAAGUCAGCAGAGUCGUUCUGCUGCAGGUGCAAGGCACAGACCCUACAUCCACUCCCACCGUCUCUAAAGACUCAUCGACACCAGAGGCCGAUCUUCACAGCAGCAGCACCAUGAGUACUGCCACCAUCGGACCACCAGUGAUUGUCUCACCCAUUAAUGGAACCAUUUUUGAAAGUCUACACGGGUCAAGACUGGAGCUGAUGUGUCAGGUGCUCACUGAGUGUCAGGUGGCAGAGUCCACCGUGGUCACAUGGCUCAUCAACGACCAAUCAGUGGAGGAGUCAUACCUGGACAGGCGGGGUCUGCAGGGAGGGAGGAGGGUCACCAGGUUAUCUAAAGGCUGCCAGGUCGAGACGAGGCUCUUCAUCUUUCUGAUCACUGAGGAAGAUGAGAAGACAGAGCUGAAGUGUGUUGCUCAGAACCGAGGAGGGAGACAGGAUGUUAUCGCAAUGCUUCAACUGGAAGAUUCUACAUUUACUUGGGUUGUUGUUGCAAUGGUGACCAUUUCCUGUUUCCUGCUGGUGGUCUCUAUCUUCUUCUAUAUCCUCUUCAAACCUAAAAGGAAAAAGAAAAUGGAUUAUUUUCUGGCUCGGCAGAACAGCAGCUUCUCAUUUUAGUUUUCUUUUGUGCCUCACACUCCUUCCCUCCAGAAAAAAAAAUCUAUCUUAAAGUGUUUACAUUUAGUUUUGUGGAAGUGAUUCAGUUCAGUGUGUUUUAUACAAACACUAAUUUACAACAAAGGUCAUUUCAGGGCACUCCGGGAAAAAGUUGAAGUUAAAUCUACCUACAUGCAGUCUGACUGAAAUCCUGUGAUUUUACUGAUGUUUCUCUGUAUGAACUCAGUGGAACUUGAGUCAAGUUUUUUGUCUUAAUAUGUAAAACAAGGAUGAAUAUAUUGAUUUGAUUUGAUUUAUUUAUUUAACAGGAAAAGAUUACUAAAAAUCAAGCCUGACUCAGCAUAAUUGCUGUUUUACAG